AUGGAUGCAAAAAUGGUUGCACAGUGCAAAAGUUCAACACUAAGUUUAGCUCGUUGGAAACCAAAACACCCUUCUGUGGUUGGAAUGCUAGCAAGGCCUCUGGACGACAAUGCAAGAGGAACAGGAAAAAGUAAUGCGUACGAAGAUAACUUGUUUGAUCACAUAGCUAUAAACCGUUUAUCAAAAUCUUUUCAAGCGGCAACAGGUUUCAGAAAUAGUAGAAGUGGGUAUGAGAGUCUGGUAGAAGCAACUACCGUGGCUUCACAAAAGUUUAGUCCCAUUCAACAACAUCAACUUGCCAUUGAAGCACUUGAUAGAGCCUUCCCAAAGCCAAUGCUUUUGUUGAUAAGGACACUGCUACCACCAUCAUCUAGAUUCGCAAGGAAAUGGUAUGCCAUCUUCACAACUUUGCUCUUCGUCUGGUUAGUCGGGCCCUUAGAGGUCAGAGAAUCGGAGGUCAACGGGAGAAGAGAAAAAAAUGUAGUCCACAUAAAAAAAUGCAGGUUCUUAGAAGAGACAAACUGUGUAGGAAUGUGUAUCAAUCUUUGCAAAAUCCCAUCUCAGUGUUAUAUAAAGGAUUCCCUGGGUAUGCCAGUGAACAUGGUCCCGAAUUUUGAUGACAUGAGUUGUGAGAUGAUAUUUGGCCAAGAUCCCCCGGAAUCAAGUGAUGAUCCAGCUCUCAAGCAACCAUGCUAUAAACUAUGCAAGGCCAAAAAAAGCCAUGGAACGAAUUGCCUCAGUUAAUGCUGCAGCUGUGCAAAGAGCUUUCAGGUCAGCAAGGAAGAAACAAGAGAACCCCA